AUAGAUGCUUCAGAUAUUUCAGUAUGUUUUAUGCUUAUCAAGCAGCUAUUGCUAUGUUUCCUUCAAAAGAUUGACCAGGAAGACAAGGAUGAUUCAUCUAUAAUACAGCUUUUGUCUCCUACAGGGAAGAAUAUUGCCAACAUAUCUGUAGAAGUUGCUAUUACAGAGAAGUCCUUCAAAUACUCUUCAGGGCAAAUUAAAAUGGGAAGAUCAAAAAUCAAGAUGGAACUUAUUCAAGAUGAGAAGACAAGGAAAUCCACUUUCCAAAAAAGGAAAGCUUGCUUAAUCAAGAAAAUCUCAGAGCUCUCAAUACUUUGUGAUAUCAAAGCAUGCAUGAUCAUAAACGAAGGAAAUAAUUAUGAAGUUAUUUCUCCUCAAAUCUGGCCAAAUGAUCCAAACGAAGUUCAAGAGCUAAUAAAUUUCUACAAAAACCAACCAAAAAGAGAAAACAGUUUGUGUAGCUUCUUGGAAAAUGAAAAGAAAAAGGCUGAGAUUAAAAUGGAAAAGUUGAAGACAAAAAUCAAGACAGAAAAAUACCCAACUUGGGAUUCAAGAUUCAACUAUUUAUCUGAAAAAGAAUUAAGAAAUCUUGCUGGGGUUCUUGAGAAAAAGAUGGAGAAUGCAAAGGGAAAAUCUGAAUUCUUGAAAAGUAGUAGGAAUAUUAAUCAAGAUUCAAAUCAAGAAAUUUGGGACUAUCCUGAAUUAAUGGACAAUUUCAACCAAAGUAAUAUACAGCCUAUUUCUUAUAUGGAUAACCAGUUUUUUCAAGAAUUGACAGCUGAUAAUGUGAAUUCAAUGGGAAUUUUGGAUAAUAUUGAUCUUAAUGUUGGUGAUUAUGAAUUUGGAAAUUCAGAUUAUAUGAAAAUUAGACAAGAGGGGUUGCUCUGA